AUGCUUCUCUACGCUGUCUAUGUAGAUGGUAGUUGUAGUAUGUUCCGUCUUUCGGAAGCAGAGAGCCCCUCUCUUUCCUCUCCUGUUCCUGCUCUUACUCUUGCUCCUGCCCUGUCAUCUCUACUACCCUUCGCUCGGCCUGUAGUUCUUCUUCCUCUUCCUCUUCCUUUCCCUCUCGAAAAUAUAAACCUGAGUUCACUAAAGCUCCGUCUUCGGUGA